UGUGAAGAAGGCUACAAAGAUCUACACAGGUUUCAUGGUGUCUGGUUUAUUAAGAAUAGUUUUAAGUAUGUUUUAAAAGAAGCAGACAAAGAACCACUGGGCAACUUGUUUCAAACUAUGUAAUAAGUCUGUAAUCCGUGAUCUGUCUACCAAAAGCUUUAAAUAAAUAGAAAACAAGAAAGACCAACCAAGGCGAGUGUCCAGUCUUCAAUGAGCAUGGAAGAGGUGAAGGAUACAGAAAGGAAGGAGAGGGAAGAAGCGCGUGAAGAAACUGAGGGUUCAACUUCAACUUCAUCAAGGACAAUACAACCAUGGACAAAGCAGAUCACAGUGAGGGGAGUGAUUGUAAGCAUUCUGAUUGGGACAGUUUACAGUGUGAUAGCCAUGAAACUGAACCUCACAACUGGUUUGGUCCCCAAUCUGAAUGUCUCUGCUGCUCUUCUCGCCUUCAUUUUUAUACGGACAUGGACCAAGGCUGUUGAGAAGGCAGGGUUUAUGGCCAAACCUUUCACAAGACAAGAGAAUACCAUGAUUCAAACAUGUGCAGUUGCAUGUUACAGCAUAGCUAUUGGAGGUGGAUUUGCAUCUUAUCUGUUGGGAUUAAACAGGAAGACAUAUGAAUUGUCUGGUGUAGACACUGAAGGGAACUCUGCAAACGCAGUAAAAGAGCCAGGAUUUGGGUGGAUGAUUGUCCUUUUUGUAGUUUGCUUUGUUGGUCUUUUUGUCUUAAUUCCUCUUAGAAAGGUCAUGAUAGUGGAUCUCAAAUUGACUUAUCCAAGUGGCAUGGCAACUGCAGUUCUCAUCAAUGGCUUCCAUAGCCAAGGCGAUAAGUCAGCAAAGAAACAGGUGCACGGAUUCCUCAAGUAUUUUUCAGCCAGCUUCCUAUGGGGUUUUUUCCAAUGGUUUUUCUCUGGGAAAGAAGAUUGUGGUUUCAAACAGUUCCCUACAUUCGGACUUAAAGCCUGGAACCAAACGUUCUUCUUUGAUUUUAGUCUGACGUAUGUCGGGGCAGGAAUGAUCUGCUCUCACCUCGUCAACUUGUCUUUACUAUUUGGAGCCGUGCUUUCAUACGGAAUAAUGUGGCCACUUAUAAAUCACCUUAAAGGACAAUGGUUUUCUGAGGAUUUACAGGAAUACAGCAUGAAGAGUUUGUACGGCUACAAGGUUUUUGUGUCUGUUGCUCUUAUUCUUGGUGAUGGCAUUUACAAUUUCCUCAAGAUAUUCUGUUUCACGCUUGCUAAUAUCCAUGGUAGAUUGAAUGGCAAAGCUCGAAAUACAGUUGAUGAGGAUGAUAGGAAGACGACAGCCGCCGACCGGAAACAAAACGAUAUUUUUAUCAGGGAAUCCAUCCCCAUGUGGAUAGGGAUAGUGGGAUAUGUAGUAUUGUCUAUCGUGUCUGUAAUUGUGAUCCCCAUCAUGUUCCCUCAGCUGAAAUGGUACUAUGUGAUUGUAGCUUACAUUCUUGCCCCGUCUCUGGCAUUCUGCAAUGCAUACGGGGCGGGUCUUACCGACAUUAACAUGGCCUACAACUAUGGGAAAGUAGCCCUUUUCGUGUUGGCAGCAUUGACCGGCAAGGAAAACGGUGUGGUGGCGGGGCUUGCCGGAUGUGGUCUCAUCAAAUCUGUUGUCUCGGUCGCUUGCAUCUUAAUGCAGGAUUUCAAGACGGCGCAUUACACUCUCACGUCUCCGAGAGCAAUGUUUUUGAGCCAGGCAAUCGGGACGGCUAUCGGUUGCAUCACAGCGCCUCUUAGCUUCUUCCUUUUCUACAAAGCGUUCGAUGUCGGAAACCCGAAUGGAGAGUUCAAAGCCCCUUAUGCAUUGAUAUAUAGGAACAUGGCGAUUCUAGGUGUGCAAGGAUUUUCGGCUCUGCCUCGGCAUUGCUUGCAACUCUGUUACGGAUUCUUUGCUUUCGCAGUGGCGGUGAACUUGGUGAGAGAUUUCUCGCCGCGUAAAAUCGGGAAAUGGAUGCCGCUUCCGAUGGCGAUGGCGGUGCCGUUUCUAGUCGGGGCGUAUUUCGCAAUCGAUAUGUGCUUGGGGACAUUGCUUGUGUUUGCUUGGCAGAAGAUGAAUGCGAAGAAGGCUGAGUUGAUGGUUCCAGCCGUUGCUUCUGGACUCAUAUGUGGGGAAGGGCUAUGGAUUCUGCCAGCUUCAAUUCUUGCAUUGGCCAAAAUUAAUCCUCCCAUUUGCAUGAAAUUCAUCCCUUCUUAGCGAAACGUUCCAAGGAAGAAGAAA